AUGGAUUCCAACGGGGCACUCCGGCCCCUCGACGAAUCCCACCUCCGUGAACUGCCCCAACUGUCGCUGCGCAUCGCGCCGCUGCGAGAGCCAGUCUCCUCGCGAACCCUCAGAGCCCCGUCGCCUCUUGAACCCAACGCUAGUGGUGCGCGGGACUCGCAGACGAUCCCCAAGACCAACGCAGCAACCGGGAAUAUCCCCUCCACUUCAUCCACUUCGACCGCAAAAGAGGGUCUACCAACCGUGACCGAGUUUCUCAAUGCCGCGCGAACGAGAAAGGCCGAGCCGGCCUCAGAUUCACAGUCUAAUGUGGAACGCCCGCCCAAGCCCAUUCUUCCCGCUUUUGUAAAUCUGCGCGCUCUGGAACGAGUCCCGUUCUCGUCCUUCGAUGAUGAUGCGUCCCAUGGUCAGCGCAAGAGAAGGCGCUUAGAGCUCCAGGCCGAGUCAUUUAGCGAACAUCUUCAGCUGCCGAUCCCACAGGCUUCGCACAAAGAGCAGCGUCCGCCACCGUUUGGUCCCUUUGCGAUCUUGAAUGGGUUGAAUGAACCCCCGCCGAACGCUGCCCUUCUCCCUCCCAUCGAAGCGGGGUCUAUCCCUCAGUUUCUGACGAAGCCCUCCCGUCGGGAUCCUGCUGCGUCCGCCGCUGCCGUGGAUCCGAACCAUUUAGUCUCUGUCCAUGGUACCCUAGCCGAAGGUCAGUCCGUAGAACGAAGAGAGGCGAAGAUCGAGGAGCUUCUAGGCGCUACUCUUGAUGAGAACCCCGACGACGAACUACAAGAACCCUAUAAAGAACGGAAUAUCCGACGUGAGGCCGAGGAUGUAUCUAAGCCCCCGGUUCUCGAAAAGGAAGACUCCGCAGGUGGAAAGACCAUGACUAGCGUACGACAGGGUAAUGAGCCUAUCUCCCCCAAGACCCGAGGCCGAUCGCGCAAGAACCUACGCAAAUGGACUGAGGAGGAGACAAUGGCAUUACUGCACGGCGUGGUGAAGUGUGGAAUUGGAAACUGGACAACUAUCUUGGCGCAAACUGAGCUCAAAUUCAACAAAAGAACUGCAUCCAACUUGAAGGACCGAUUCCGCGUGUGCUGUCCCUGGGCCUACCGCGCAUCCGAUCCCAACGAGGCAACAAAGCAACUCCGAGACUACCUUGCCAAUGCACUCCAUCGAGCUCAAACCGAGGGCACAGACGAAACACUUGGCAAAACCAAGCUACCACUCGCAACCCCGACGACCGAGAAAUCCGAACCAAUUUCCGUAUCAGGAAGUCCGGCGCCAAGGUCCCAUAAAACUUCAGCCUCAAGCAUAUCCUCUUCAACGCCUGACACCGAACUCGGAUCCGUAUAUAGCCAGAGUCGUCCUACAAGUACUCGGCGUACCCUCUCAAACGAAUCCCAAUCAACCCUCGAAUCCCUGGGCAUCCCGGAACCACACGUCGCGAAGAACACCAAACGCCGCUCCCGCAAUCCAUUCACCAACGCGGAAGACGAGGCCCUGCUAAAAGGCUAUGCAGUCCACGGCUUCCAAUGGACCCUAAUCCAACAAGACCCCCGACUCAAUCUCAGCCAUCGCCGCGCAACAGACCUGCGAGACCGCUUUCGAACUAAAUUCCCCCACGCAUAUCGCGACGGGGGCUCGGUGAGUGGCAGUGCCUUCAACCAACCCAAACCUGAAGCAUCUGGUACUGCCACCCCGACACCUCGAGACCUCCCCGCUAGCACCGAGUCGACCCCGACGAAGCCUACAGUUCCCCGUCGUCAAACUGCACACAGCCGACAUCCCUCCUCGACAUCUCAUUCCAAUCUCGGUCCUAUCGACCCAGCCUUCCUGCCUCCACCGCAGGGAUACAUCGAUGCUUCGACGGGCAACCCUGUCUCAACAGGUGUCCUUGGUUUCCCAUUAGACGAGACUGCUGCGGGAACUGCGUCACCGUGGGAAGACAAUACGCUUGCACCUAUGGUCUGGGAUGAUCUAAGUUAG